UCCGGGGCUGGUUUAUUCUGACAACGAAACGUCCUACCCGGAAAAAAAAAAAAGACGAGUCCUGUGUAAUCCGACCACACAAACAAAACAGGCGAGGCUGUGACAGUGCGACACGAGCCGGCUUUGUUUUUGAAUUUCCGCUGUGCGUGGAGGUUGUUAAAGAAACAACUCGAGUGGACCAUGCUCGUGUUCAGCAAACUCCUGCCAAACAAACAAGUCUCCUCUCUGCGCGUCGGAGCCGUGCGGGGCGCUGGCUGUGGCGCACACUGACUCCUGCAGCUCCGCGGGGGCGUGAGGCUCGUGCCCGCUGCUGCUGCUGCCGCUGUCAUGAGAAAUGAGGGGAUCGACCCGGAGCUGCAGCUGAUAAAGGAUUUUGUGGGAUUAAUCGUUUGGUGCAUGCAAUGUCGUGAUAUGUGAUAGCAGCAGCAGCAGCAGCAGCAGCAUGCCGUACGUGGACCGGCUGAACCGUGUGUGUGGUUUCCUGGACAUCGAGGAGAAGGAGAACAGCUGCCGCUUCCAGAGACGAUACUUCAUCCUCGACACGCAGGGAAAUGCUCUGCUAUGGUAUAUGGACAACCCUCAGAACCUGCCCAGCGGAGCCAGCUUUGUUGGCAGCCUGAAGCUAACCUACAUCUCUAAGGUGAAUGAAGCCACAGCGAAGCAAAAGCCCAAGACAGAGUUCUGUUUUGUCAUUAAUGCAGUUUCGCGGCGUUACUUCCUCCAAGGAAACGAUGUGACUGACAUGAAGGACUGGGUGGCUGCUCUCAACAAGGCCAGCAAGAUCACUGUUCCUAAAUCUGGCCCUGCACCUCCGAGGUCUGAUGUGACGACAGUGAUCGGCGACACUCAGGGAGGGAAGAGGCAGCAGGCCUACAAGACUGAGAUCAUCGGGGGGGUGGUGGUGCACACUCCCAUCCAGAAUGAGAGUGAAGAGACGGAAGGCAGAGAGAGGAAGGGCAACAGGCUGGGCGUGCUGAGAUGUGGUUACUGUGUGAAACAGGGAAAUGUGCGAAAAAGCUGGAAGAGGCGUUUUUUCACCCUGGAUGAAAACACAGUCAGUUACUUCAAGUCUGAAGUGGAUAAGGAGCCUCUCCGAGCCAUUCCACUCAGGGACAUCCAGAGGGUCCACGAAUGUCUCGUCAAGUCUGGGGAUCUCCUGCUGAGAGACAACCUGUUUGAAAUCAUCACCAGCUCCAGAACCUUCUACAUUCAGACAGACUCUCCAGAUGAGAUGCACAGUUGGAUCAGGGACAUUGAGUUGAAGAUUCAGGAGUUCAGAGGUCCCCCGAAGGGUUUUUCAUUCAAACGUGCCUCUUCUCUGUAUCGGAGUCAAAACUCCUCUGCGUCUCGUGGUCAUCCGAGUGAUUUGGUCAGACCCUCCCUGGUCAAGUCCUGCUCUGUGGCGCCGGGCUGGCAGCCUUGGACCCCUGUCCCACCCUGUGAGCCCUCCAUCAUGGAUGCAGAGGACGAGGACAGCCCUUUCAUCUCCGUCCCAAACUUGCCCUCUCUCUCCUCCUCCUCCACCUCUUCUUCCACCUCCUCCUCCUCCAACUCCCUCUCUGCCCCUUGCCCCAGCGCGAAUCCCGGGCCUUCCACCAGCGGACUGGGGAUCCUCACGGCGUCAGGAGACGUGGCGAGCGAGCGUCGGAGGCACCGCUCUCAGCCUCAGCCUCAGUCUCACACCGGCUGCAGCUUCCCCUUCAGCCUUGAUGACGACGGCAUCCGCACCACAGACGUCUAGUUCACUGGAGUCGCAUGUGUGGACUCCAGCGUUGGUACCUGUUUUGAAAUGAAUGUGACUGUUAAUAAUAGUAUUCCCUGCUAAUGAAGUGACACUGUGACUGAGAUUGGGGGCCCCCUGCUGGUCGUGUAGGUGCUUUGCAGAUGAAGGAUCACCCAGCAGGAAGAAGACCAGAGGCACAGUGUUGGUUGAUCACAGGACUGUGAAAAGGUACGAUGGAGUGGUUUUAGUGCAACGUCCUCUCAAAACUUGAAUAGUCUUGUUAGUUGUUCUUACAGACUCAAACAUUUUGGCACAUGCACAAAAGAAGAUACAUUUUUCACCCCCUCACUAGACGUAUUCACAUAUUAGUGGAUAAAUAUUAGUGUCAAUGUGUUUAAUAUUCAUACUUAAUUUCACAAAAUACCCCAAUUCAUUUUAUUUUCCAGUUGAGCUGAGCAGUGCAUCCCCUCUUUCCUCCAGAGACAAACAUUGGGUUAAAUAAACCUCACCUCAAACGUACCUCCAUUAAUGAUUAACAAGCAUUUAUUAGUACAAUCUAAUCAGGUGUCUGGGGGAAAGUAUCAUGUCUCAUAUAAAAAAAUGGUACCUGCACUCACAUGCCAACUGACUCUAGUGUUUUCAUCUGCACAGGCAGAAACGAAGGAGACGCAGCAGCUUUUAUGUGUUUGCACUAUGUUCUAGAUAAUCUUUUCAAUAGAUGGCUUCAAGAUCAAUCGUCAGUAAACUGUGACUCGUCUCUUUGUGUUUAACGUGGUACCGUAACAACACAGCCGUGUUUCAGUGGUACUCGUCGUAGAAUGUACUUCCACUAUCAAAGUACAGCUGAUCAGCUGGUUGUCAGCUUUGUAAAUGUGAUUUUUCUUUUUCUUUUUUUUUUACUGCAGCAUUACAUGGGAAAAUGUGCCACUACUUUUGGUAAUUUAAUUGAAAUUCCGCACUUUGCUUUUUCUCAUUUUUACUUGUUUUUUUUAUUCCUUUUUUUUGACACAGCUUUCACAGCAGAUUUAUCAGCUUCCUCUGAGAUGGUGCCUCAGAUAUUUUGUGUUGUUACAUAUUCAGUUUCAAACCCUCACAGGUUCACCCCAAGACUUAAUCCAUGUGGUUCCAUGUUCCACGCCUGUUUUCGUUUUCUGAAGCUGUGUGCACUUGUCUGCCUGCGUACAUUGUUAAUUCUCCAACUUGUACAUUAAAUGAUGCUUUUUAAUUUG